AUGGCGGUGUGGACGCGCGCCGCCAAGGCGGGGCUGCUGGAGCUGCUGCUGCGGGAGCGCUGGGUGCGGGUGGCGGCGGAGCUGAGCGGCGAGGCGCUGAGCCUCACCUCGGAGCCGCCGCCGCCCGAGCCCGCGGGGCCGCCCAACGGGCUGCCCAACGGCGCCGAGUGGGGCGCGGCGGGGGGCGGCCCGGAGCCCCGCCCCCUCUCGCCGCCCCCGGCCGAGCCGGCGCCGCCGGGCGUGCGGCGGGUGCGGGUGGUGAAGGCCGAGGCGGGCGGGCUGGGCAUCAGCAUCAAGGGCGGGCGCGAGAACCGCAUGCCCGUGCUCAUCUCCCGCAUCUUCCCGGGGCUGGCGGCCGAGCGCUGCGGCGCCCUGCGGCUCGGGGACGCCAUCCUCUCGGUGAACGGCACCGACCUGCGCGACGCCACCCACGACCAGGCCGUGCAGGCGCUGAAGCGGGCCGGCCGCGAGGUGCUGCUGGAAGUGAAGUUCAUGCGGGAAGUGACUCCCUACAUUAAGAAGCCAUCGCUGGUGUCAGACCUCCCAUGGGACGGGGCAGCUCCCCAGUCACCGAGCCUGAGUGGCAGUGAGGACUCCGGCUCACCGAAGCACUACAAUGGCACCAAAGACAGGAAGGUGAUCCCUCUGAAAAUGUGCUUCGCCGCCAGGAACUUGAGCAUGCCGGACCUGGAGAACAGGUUGAUAGAGCUGCACUCACCGGACAGCAGAAACACCCUGAUCCUGCGGUGCAAAGACACAGCGACAGCACACUCCUGGUUCACGGCCAUCCACACCAACAUCAUGGCCCUCCUCCCUCAGGUGCUAGCUGAACUCAGUGCCAUGCUAGGUGCCAACAAUGCCACAGGAAGUAGCAAGGAGGUCAAACACAUCGCUUGGCUGGCGGAACAGGCUAGACUAGAUGGAGGAAGGCAGCAGUGGCGCCCCAUCCUCAUGGCUAUGACAGAGAAGGACUUGCUGCUCUAUGAUUGUAUGCCCUGGACAAGAGAUGCAUGGGCAUCACCUUGCCACAGCUACCCUCUUGUUGCUACCAGGCUGGUUCACUCUGGCUCCGGGCGCAGAUCACCUUCUCCGGGAUCCGAGCUCACCUUUGCAACGAGGACAGGCUCUCGCCAGGGCAUUGAAAUGCACGUUUUCAGGGUGGAGACGCAUCGGGACCUCUCCUCCUGGACCAGGAUGCUAGUUCAGGGCUGCCACACUGCUGCGGAGCUGAUAAAGGAGGUGUCCGUAGGCUGCACUUUGAAUGGUCAGGAGGUGAAGCUCACAGUCCAUUAUGAAAAUGGAUUCACUCUCUCCAGGGAGGAGGCAGGCUCCAGUCGCACCCUGUUCCUCUACCCCUUUGAGAAGCUUAGAGUGUCUGCAGAUGAUGGCAUCAGGAACCUCUACUUGGAUUUUGGAGGCCCUGAGGGGGAGCUGACCCUGGACCUGCACUCUUGUCCAAAACCCAUUGUUUUUAUGUUGCACACUUUCUUGUCAGCCAAAGUCACCCGUAUGGGACUGCUUGUGUAAGAGGUGAAGGGUCCCAACAGCCCUGAACAACACAUCUACUGUCCCAGCAGCAAAAAAGCACAAAAGACCCUAGUUUGUGGUGUCCUCCUGCAGUACCAGUGCCUUGACAAAGACUGACUCAUGCCAGAACCAUGAUGGUGUGGAAGGAAGCUUCUGCUCUCCUCAGAGCCAUAGCCAGAAACUCCAGCCUCUCCACAAUUUCCUGGAAUAACUGCUCCACAUGCCUAGAAAAUGCUGAGGCCAGGCUGCUGCUGCUGGUAGCUGAAUACUGAGAUCAGGGGAGAUGUGGUUCUCACAUUCUCAGUUUCCAGCCACUUCCUGGCUGCUGGCAAUUUGAGACUCUUCUUCCUGACACUCCUGGGAUUCAGUUGUCACCCUGAAGACUCAACGUAAACCGAGCAUCCAGCACUCAUCUGUUGCAAGAAGAGCCAUUGGCAUGGGACUGUGAGGGGGGAGGUUAGGGGCGGAACUAUAACCAAUCUGUAUGACGCCAUUUUUAUUGCUUACCAAAUGUGCCUUUGGUGUAAGGUGGGUGGUGCUUUACUGGAGAUGUGGAUGAGGAGACUGGGAGUUCAGCGCUGGUCGCUCUGGAAGAGUGUUCCAUGAGCCCCCGCCCUCAGCUCGUUCCAAGCUGACCCAGCUCCCUCUGUUGCCACAAAGCCACUUUCCCAGGGGUCCUUGGUAAGGAAGAGGCCUGUCCUUCUCACUAGCCAGUGGGUUUAGAUCCCCCUUGCCGAGUGGGAUGGAUAGUCAGGGAGAUUUCAGUCACUUUUCUGACUUGCUUUGGGCACCUGGAAACAUCCUAAAUACAGAGCACUUGGUGCUUUUCGCUGAUGCUUCUUACCGAGGCCCCCGAUGGUCAAAUGUGACAGGACAGAUGCUACGUGGCUGGAUCGGAGGCACAGAAAGGCCAGCUGGUUGCGUGUUCUGAGAUGAGCUGGAAUGUGUAAGGCAGCUGAUGUCCAUAUAGUGAUGCACACAGCCUCUGGGCCUGGCAACUUCCUUCUGAGACGCUAGCAGCACCCUCUCCUUUCCUAGUGCUGGGCUGCCUGUCCCUCCGCCUGUGCCAAGCCCAUGUGCCCAGGUGUAUGUGCUGCAGAGAGGUGGGUGACGGGGGCCUGUGAAUGACUUUGAAAUACCUGGGAGACAAGGUAGGGGAGAUGGUAUAUUUUAUUGGACCUACUUCUGUCGGGGAGAGGGACCAGCUUUCAAGCCACGCAGAGCUGUGUGCAUGCUUGCAAUGCUUGUUGGCACAGCCUGUCCCAUUCCUAAAGAAGGUCUUCUGAAGCAUCUGCAGGACCGAGGGGAGACAGCUCAUCCACCAGAGGCGGGGAAAUUGCAGUGCUUCCUUCACUCUGGUGGCAGAAUUUGAACACAGGGCUUUUGGAAGCCCCCUCCCAGCACAUCACUGACCUCCUCUUCCCAAAAGGACUCAAGACACCCGGCAAUGGAGCUGGGCUCAGAACUCUGAGAAACUGAUUUCACUGCAUAACCCAGACUUUCAGCAGGGCCUGCACCCUCCAGCUCUCUUCCUAGAUUCCUGGUCUCUCUCAUGCUUGGGAAGAGCUGUGCCUGGGACACCCAGAGAUGGGGGGCAGGGACUCCAGGAGCCCCACUGCGCGCACACAGCAGGUGGCUUGGACAGUCCUUUGAGGCUCUGCUUGCUUCCUUGGAGCGCCUCUAGCACCCGCUGUUGUGAGCGUUUCAUUCCCAGUGUAGGUUGCUCAAGAUUAACUCCUGGGAUUCAGCUUCGCAAGUUACCAGUGUACUGAGCUUUCCGAGACUGGCUAGAGCCAUGGGACACUUACGCCAUCUGCAGACCAGUACGGUAGCCCAUCUCCUUAGCAGCGCAGAUCGACAGCUUGAUGUAACUAGACUUAGGGUGAGAGUUCACAGCACAAAGCUUUUGAAGGUGAACCUAAGAGCAUGCUGCCUCGAGCCUGGCCUUCCCCAGAACAGGCUCGCAGUGUGUGAAGAAGCUAUCCUGGAGGGCACACUUCUCUUAAGUGAGGUAUGAAGCAAAGCUGAUUUGCCCAGAUUGUCCUGCCAGCACAGCAGCCUGCUGAAACCCAAGGGAGGAGGGAGUGUUCUUCAUAGGCCCCUCACAACCAUGUGGCCUGUGCCUGAUGCCUAGCAGCUCACUUCCAAACACAGUUUUAGCAACCAGCAAAGGCCAAUCAGUUGAAACGUGUUUGUUUAAACAACAAAUCACACCAGGUUAUAACAUACUUAGAGUAGUGUCUUAGCUGAUUGGGGUUUAUGAAGUGAAUAUAAGGUUAAUAUAAAGUGUGCGUUCCCGCACAGUACUGAUUAGGAUAGGUUUGUGUUCACCCAACAGACUGUUAUCUGGUCUGUGGACCAAUCGGAAGAGUUGUCAUUCCAACGCAAGGCUGUUAAGCUCUUCAGUCUAUUUUAGCUGCUCUUAAAGUGGAUAUUUCAGCUCUAGUAUGGUUGGGGGUUUGUCCCAUCAGUACGGCGAGUGCUGGAAAGCACGUAGUCUGCAUGGUGAAAAAUCUACUCCAGGGACAGUAGACUAGUUCUAAGCCUCAGUUCUUAGACAACCCAUAAAGAAGUACUCCUAACGCCACAGGGUGAUUAAGCUGUUACCAUGUUGGACUAUUUUCUUAUCUAAAUGUCUGGUUGUUUUUUUUUAAUUUGCAGCUUCACCACAUUGGUGGCUGUAAAGCAUCUGGAAUAUUUUUACAAGUUAGAGGCUAGGCCAGUUUGGUCUCUUACCAAAAGCCACAAGUCGACUUAAAUUAGAAUUCUGGACAAGGUCCCUCCUUCUCCCAGGAAAACAUGGCUUGCUAGGAACCAGGUUUACGAGGGUAAAUGUGGGGUCCAUCAACAGGGGAAUAUUCACACCUGUUGUACUGGAAAGUGAGUAGUGUCAGUAUAUCACAUAAAAUGGGACAGUCCCCCCACACCUCAUAUUAUUCCUUCGUUCUGCAAACUACCUAAUAAGCUGCUAUUCAAAUUCUGUUGUGUCCUGACUGGUUUCAAGGGGUUAGAUAUCCCUGAGGAUUUCAGGGAAGAACUUGUAGACUUAAGCACUUUCUCUGCUUUUUUAUUUUGCUCUGACACUUAAGGUUGAGUGGUUGCUAUUUUGAGCUCCUGUGGUGGCCACUGAUUGUCAGUACUGCUCAUGAUCUGUGCAAAACUUCAGUGUAAAUGCCUUGCUGUCAGUGGGGUGAACUCUUCCCAAAUCGCCUGUCACUAGCAAAGCUCUGGUUGAGGUGGCAACUGAAAUGUCAAGAAUAGACGCCAAAUGGAAUUGCACGUGAUGGAGGUUUGGCUUAACAGGAGGUUAUUUUCACUCAUUUCGAUUGGAUUUGGAUUUCUCUGGGAGGUGGAGGAGUACUUAGUACUGCCUUGUCAUAACCACCCACUACAAGCUGAGCUGGCACCCCUUGUGCACGGCCAGCUGGAGUGAAGUACAGUAUGGUCUGUCUUCCCCUUUGCAUCAGACAUGGUAUAGUUAAUGUGCAGAAAGGCUCAUGCUGCCAGCCUGAAACUGUCUCCCAACAGAUGCAGGUUCCUUCCCAGGCUUCGCUGUGUUAGGAAUGACAUUCUGUCCUGUUUAAGCAAUCACAUUUGAGCCUUUUGCCACAAAGCCUGAAUUCAAUCCUGACUUGCUUCACCAGUGAAGCCCCUGAGAUCUCAGCCUAGUUCCCAGAGAGCCUGUGUCCAAACCAGACCCGUCUUCUCAUUCGCGUGAGCGUCAGUGUCCACUGAAUGGAGGCUCAGGUCUGUUGCGGAUCAGAGGUACUUGGGGGAACUUGCCAGUUUGCACUCUGCGUAGUUCUCCCCAGGGAUGCCUUUCAUUCAUGCCAAAUACCUGCCCUGUUACAGAAUGCUGCAUGCCCUUUUGGAACACCGCGAGCCAUCGCUUACUCUGGAAGCUCAGGUCCUCUUAGCUUUUAAGGUUUUUAAUGUUUUAACUUGGUAUUAAAAGCCUGUUCUGCAGACUGAAUUUCUGAUGCUCAAGCCCCCACUGUGUCCCAGCUCCUCCCCAGAAGUGUUGAGGUACCAGAUUUAUCUGCAGUACAUUCACUAUGUGCCUCACCUGGCCUCGUUUGUUUCUGGUGGCAGCAGGCUCCCCUCUUCCCAGAGCCUGUGUAGAGAUAUGGGGAAAUGUACAAACGCCUGGGAGCUUGCCCUGUCUUUUCCCUGUAAGUGGGGGGGAAAGGGCCCUGGAAUGUCUGCAAGAGACUCUGCUCCCACCCCCUCCCACAUCUAUGCAAACCUCUGUAUUUUGAGUGAGGUGGUAUGUUGGAAAGCUAGAAAAUGCCCCAUGUGGCGCUCCAGCUCCGCAGCUGGAGAGCUCUGUUACAGCAUUCCAUGUGGAAGAUACACCACUGAGAGGCAUCCCACAUUAUCCUUGGAAACCAGAGAGAGGAGAGGAGAAUAUUUAUGCUGAGCUUGUCUUUUCUAUCCGGAAUAAGAGCAGGCAAGUGUCUUAAAUAUGGCCCUAUUAGCCUGGAUGACCAUAUGGUGGUGUGUAAUUAAACUAGUGAAUGGUGUUUACAAAACCUUACACAAGCUGUGUAGAUCUUAAAAGCUAUUGGUCCCCUCUAGUCAGUCAAUUCCUCCUACCAACUCCUCUUCAAACAGCACUUGUGGGAUCGACUCUCAGCAUUAAUACUCUGCAAGAUCUUUGGAGAUUCUUGUGCUUUCCCCAAUGCAACAUUUCUAUGCCUGUGGCUAAUUUCCACAGCUGAAAGCAGACAUGGCAUGCAGGGCUUAAUUUGUAAUGAAAGAGGUGCCAGGUUUCAAGCAAUUUUUGUACUUUCCUAACUGACAUGCCAAGCCCAAAGGUGCCCAGGUGGCUCAGCCCUGGCAGAAAUUAAGCACUGCUUGUGUGUAGAAACCAGGCUAUACUUUUCUUUAAAAGGAGGCCAGUAGCCUCUUCGCAUUAGAUAUUAAGCAAUAAAGAAAAUGGAUGUGAAACUAGUAAAAGCAAAUGUUCAAGUCUUUGGCUGUGGAUCCCACUCCUGGUGUGCAUGUGCUUUGUGGGAUCCACAUGGACAGAGCAUCUUGAAGCACCAUGGUUGCUGUAAGGCUAAGUAACCGUUCUCUACAGCCAGCCCACCUUUGCCUUUAUGCUGCCAGGAUUUUGCUACAUGAGUUAAUUCUGUUUCUGCUGCUGAUCUUACAGCAUCCUGGCCUGCAACACAGUACAUCAAAACAUUGAUUGCACUUUCAUGUUCUAGAAUUUGGGGGAACUACAGGGCUAGUUCUACCUGGUUUUAAAAAUAAUUUGCAUUGACAUCUCUUCUCUGUCGAAGAAAAUUAAAAAAAAAUAAAAUCCCGUUGGCACAUCAAUGUUUGUGGUGCUCCAUUUUCCUUUUAGCAUAUUUUCCUGUCUGGGAUCAGCCAGUGUAGGGGAUCUCACUACAGUGAUCAGUGUUAAGUUUACAAUUUGGGUAAAUAGAGCAUUACAAGCCCCAGGUGCUAAAGACAAGAACCCUGUAGGUAUAACUGCCCCAGGUCAUCUGAAUAAUAAAUUGCACCGAACCACUACAAGUAAACUGUUUUUUAACCUGUGCAAACUCUGUGCUGUUUGAUAUGAUAUAAUCAAGGCACAGACUGUAACACUCCCAUGAAAAAACUAAAAUAACAUGCAAUCAAUUCUAUUUUUGUAUUCUUUGUAGUUAACUAUUUAUACAAUUCUUCCUUUUUUGAUGUUUUUAAUCUCAAGCUUUUGGAACUUCCAGGUUACCAAAUCCAAAUAACCCAAGUGGUGAAAAGCAGGGGAGUUUGUGUAUUUUACAAUCACAUUAAAGCUUUAUGUGUACUCUAUAAAUAUAGAUGCAUAGACAACCUAUUGUCCCUCGAGUUGCAUGUUAACUGUAUAGUAUUGUACAUUACAAUGAAAAUGUAACCUAAGGGCAAGUGUAACCUUUAUACUGUAAAUAACAAUAAAGGCUUUUAUGCUUUUA